CCCCCCGCUCCAGCGCCUCGCAGGACCACCCCCGAACUCCUCGCUGAGACGGCAGCGCCGCGGGGUGUCGGGUGUGCGAGGCAGCGGGGCCGCAGACGGGUUCAGGAGGCUCCAAGUGGGGGUUCCUGAGAAGGAAGGGACGGGAGAGGAGAGCGAGGCAGCUACGGGACUGCAGCACCCACUGAAUCGGCUCUGAGCGAGCCACAGGUCACCCCGACCGGGAAGGAGGAACAGGCGUUCAGGGGUGCCCCGUCCUGCCGAGGGGACCGGGAGAGGCUCGGGGUGGCCCCGUUUCUCGGUGAGGCUGGGUGGGAGCCAGCCCCGGCCUUUGUGUGGAGCAAGAGCCGCAGAGCAGGAUCGCGGGCAGCCCGCAGCGGGUCACAGCAGCCCGGCGGCCUGGGCCGGCCAAUGCGUUUGUUCGGACAAGAGGAAAGAGGGAGGUCUAUUCACUGAUUCCCAAGGAACAUCUGACUACAUGUCCAUAAAGAGGUUCUGAUAUGCAAGAACCCAGAUAAAGACACUAAUAUUCAGCAAAGCUCAAGAGACAGCUUAUUGAGGUUGGCUAACCCACUGGAUUAUUGUUAGAAAUUCUGCAAGAGUGAUACUAUUGAUAAAGAUGUCAUACUUAAUGAAAGGUGUUAAAUAUCCUAUGAAUCAGAUGCACAAAGAAACAGGAACUUGGUUUAAAGCACACAUAUUGAAGAAUCUAUUUGGCAUCAAUGAACAGCUCUUCAAAACUGCACAUACAUCAUCUCAUCUUAGUUCUGAAAAGGCAAACACCUAUAAUUAUGUCAUUGUUGGAGCUGGAUCAGCAGGGUGUGUAUUAGCCAACAGGUUGACUGAAGACCCUCUCAGUACUGUACUGCUUUUGGAAGCAGGCCCUAAAGAUACCCUUCUAGGUAGUAAAAGACUGUUGUGGAAGAUUCAUAUGCCUGCUGCACUAACUUACAACCUCUGUGAUGAGAAAUAUAACUGGUAUUACCACACAACACCACAAAAGCAUAUGGAUAACAGAAUUAUGUACUGGCCCCGUGGAAGAGUGUGGGGUGGCUCAUCUUCCCUCAAUGCCAUGGUAUACAUUCGUGGGCAUGCAGAAGAUUAUAAUCGAUGGAGCAGGGAAGGGGCUAUAGGAUGGGACUAUGAACAUUGCUUGCCCUAUUUUAAGAAGGCCCAGACACAUGAACUGGGUCCAGAUCAGUACAGAGGUGGAAAUGGACCCCUGCAUGUGUCAAGAGGGAAAACAAACCAUCCUCUUCAUCAUGCAUUCCUGGAGGCAACCCAGCAAGCUGGGUAUCCCUUCACAGAUGAUAUGAAUGGCUAUCAGCAAGAAGGAUUUGGCUGGAUGGACAUGACUGUGCACCAAGGUCAAAGAUGGAGCACAGCCAGUGCUUACCUUCACCCAGCCAUAUCACGCCCAAAUUUGUCAGCUGCAGAGAAGACACUUGUAACAAAAAUCUUGUUUCAAGGAACAAAAUCCAUUGGUGUUGAGUAUGUGAAAAAUGGUCAAAGGAAAAAGGCUUUUGCCAGUAAAGAAGUUAUUUUAAGUGGAGGUGCCAUAAAUUCUCCGCAGCUGCUUAUGUUGUCGGGGAUUGGCAAUGCAGAUGAUCUAAAAAAACUGGGGAUCCCUGUUGUUUGCCAUCUUCCUGGAGUAGGCCAGAACCUUCAAGAUCAUUUAGAAGUGUAUGUCCAACAAAAGUGCACCAAACCUAUUACUCUGUAUAGUGCACAAAAGCCAGUUAAUAUGGUGAGGAUUGGUCUAGAAUGGCUUUGGAAGUUUACAGGUGAGGGAGCCACUGCCCACUUAGAGUCUGGUGGUUUUAUCCGAAGCGAACCAGGGGUUCCUCACCCCAACAUUCAGUUCCACUUUCUCCCUUCUCAGGUGAUUGAUCACGGUCGGGUUGCUUCGACAGUGGAAGCUUACCAGGUCCACGUGGGCCCCAUGAGGAGCACGAGCACGGGCUGGCUAAAGCUGAAGAGUACUGACCCAAAUGAUCAUCCUAUCAUUGAGCCUAACUACAUGUCCACAGAAAGAGAUAUUUUGGAAUUCCGCCAGUGUGUCAAGUUGACCAGAGAGAUCUUUGCUCAGAAAGCUUUUGAAAAAUUUCGUGGGCCUGAAAUUCAACCAGGAAAUCAUAUUCAGUCAGACAAAGAAAUAGAUGCUUUCAUAAGGCAGAAGGCUGAUAGUGCUUAUCAUCCUUCCUGUACCUGUAAAAUGGGUCAGAUUUCAGAUAACACUGCUGUAGUUGAUCCCCAAACAAGAGUAAUUGGUGUUGAAAACUUGAGAGUAGUAGAUGCUUCAAUAAUGCCCAGUGUUGUCAGUGGGAAUUUGAAUGCCCCAACUAUUAUGAUAGCAGAGAAAGCUGCAGAUAUAAUUAAGGGUCUCCCAUCACUUCAGGAAAAAAAUGUUCCUGUAUAUAAGCCCAAGACCUUGGAAACACAGAGGUAAACAAAUGUUCUCAUCCUUUCACAUCUUUUCCUACUUAGGUUUUCAUUAGCAUGUUGGCAUCUCCUACAGAACAUGCCAACAAAAUAAAUACCACACAAAACAACAUACCUAUUAAAGUAACUAUUGAGUCAUUCUCUUACCUUACCUGUUUGGUUUUUUCAAUCAGCUGGAUCAAGUUUCUUACAGUAGUAAACAUGACCUUUUGUGAUAUAAUUAUUUUUUUAAGAAAAGCUAUUUUUAAAUGCCAAGACAUUGUACACACAAGCCAUG